GAAAGCAGAGGCAAUCCUAAACCUCUCUGUUGCAACCGAGCGGAGUCCCUUCUUUGCAACAUAAAACAGCCCUUCGUCUACAAAGAGUGCUCCGGAGGAACUGAGGAUGGCCCUCUCCGCAUGGGUCAUGGCCUCGGUGGCCAUCUUUCUGUUCCAUCAAGAUGCUAGUGGUGGACUCAUCAACAGAAUUAUUCGGCAGAAGAGGGAAACGGGAAUCAACGUGACGCUGCCGGAGGAUAAUCAACCCGUGGUCUUCAACCACGUCUACAAUAUUAAAGUCCCUGAGGGCUCCCUUUGCUCUGUGGACUUGGACCCUCCCAGUGGAGACUCAGAAUUCAAACUUCCAUCCGAGCCAGGCAAACACUAUCAGGAGCACACAUUGAAUGAAGACAAUCAGAUUGUGUUCACACACCGGAUCAAUAUCCCGCGACGGGCUUGUGGUUGUGCGGCGGCCCCUGAUAUCAGACUACUAAGCCGACUGGAAGAAUUGGAAGAGCUGGUAUCUUCUCUGCAGGAACAGUGUGGCAGUGGGUCAGGGUGCUGUUCCAGUGCUCAAACAGCGAAAGGUACCAUCGAGGCUACUCCCUACUGCAGUGGACGUGGAAACUACAGCAACGACAUUUGUGGCUGCAUCUGCGAACAGGGAUGGAAAGGACCAAAUUGCUCAGAACCAGAAUGCCCACAGAACUGCAAUGAAAGGGGCCAGUGUAUCAAUGGCCAAUGUAUUUGUGAUUAUGGUUACACCGGCUAUGAUUGUGGAGAGCUGGCCUGUCCCGGGGACUGCAACGAUCAAGGCAAAUGCGUGGAUGGGAAAUGUGUGUGCUUCGAUGGUUACGCUGGUGAUGACUGCAGCCUUGAGGUCUGCUUGGUGCCCUGCAGUGAGUAUGGCAGUUGUGUGAAUGGACAAUGCAUCUGCAUGGAAGGUUUCACUGGGGUGGACUGCAGCCAGCCCCUUUGCCUUAACAACUGUAAUAAUCGGGGGCGUUGUGUGGAAGAAGAGUGUGUGUGUGAUGAAGGAUACACUGGAGAGGACUGCAGUGAGCUCAUUUGCCCCAACGAUUGCUAUGACCGGGGCCGUUGCAUCAACGGCACCUGCUACUGUGAAACUGGGUUCACUGGUGAGGACUGUGGGGAGCUGGCCUGUCCAAAUGACUGUCACCAUAACGGUCGCUGCGAGAACGGUGUAUGCGUAUGCGAUGAAGGAUUCACUGGAGAUGACUGUUCCCUACGGAGGUGUCCCAACGACUGUCACAAACAGGGAAGCUGCGUUGAUGGGCAAUGCGUGUGCAAUGAAGGCUUCUUGGGACCAGACUGUGGGGAGGUGAGGUGUCUCAAUGACUGCCACAACCGGGGGCAGUGCGUGAAUGGCCAGUGUGUGUGUGAUGAAGCCUUCAUGGGGGAGGAUUGUAGUGAACUAAGAUGCCCCAAGGAUUGCAACAACCAUGGCCAGUGUGUUGACGGGAAAUGUCAGUGUGAUGAGGGUUACAUGGGGGAAGAUUGCGGGGAUCUGAGAUGCCUCCAUGACUGCCACAACCGUGGCCAAUGUGUCAAAGGGCAGUGUGUAUGCGACGAAGGCUUUGUGGGUGAGGAUUGUAGCCAGCGCAGGUGUCCCAAUGAUUGCCACAAGCGGGGGAAAUGUGUAGAUGGCCAGUGUGUAUGUGAAGAAGCUUUCACUGGGCUUGAUUGCAAUGAACUGCGGUGCCCCAAUGACUGCAAUGACCACGGGCGCUGUGUUGAUGGGCAAUGCAUAUGUGACGAAGGGUACACCGCUGAAGACUGCUCAGAACUGACCUGUCCUCAGGACUGCAACCGUCGUGGACGCUGUGUCAACGGGGUCUGUGAAUGCAACGAAGGCUUCCUUGGGGAGGACUGUGGGGAGCUAGCUUGCAUCAACAACUGCAACAACCGAGGCCGUUGUCUGAAUGGACAGUGCGUUUGCGACGAGGGCUUCACCGGCGUAGACUGUGGUCAACGGAAAUGCCCGGAUGACUGCAACAACAGAGGCCAGUGCAUUGAUGGUGUGUGUCUAUGUGAUGAAGGAUAUGAAGGCCCUGCUUGUGCUGAACAGUCCUGCCCCAACAAUUGCAAUGAUCUUGGUCACUGUGUAGCCGGACGAUGUGUCUGUGAAGAAGGCUUCGUAGGAGCUGACUGUUCAGAUGUAUCUCCUCCAAAGGAUUUGCUGGUUACAGAAGUGACAGAUAAGACCAUUAACUUGGAAUGGGCGAAUGAAAAUGUCGUCAAUGAAUAUCUCAUCAGCUACAUUCCAACCAGUACUGAUGGCUUAGAACUUCAGUUCCGGGUACCUGGAAACAAAACAUCAGCCACCAUCCGGGAGCUGGAACCUGGUGUGGAAUAUUUCAUCCGUGUUUUUGCCAUCCUAAGGAACAAAAAAAGCAUCCCAAUUAAUGCCCGGAUUGCUACUUACUUGCCUGCCCCCGAUGGCUUGAAGUUCAAAUCAAUUAAAGAGACUUCCGUGGAUGUUGAAUGGGAUGCCUUUAAUUUCCCUUUCCAUGGCUGGGAGAUUAUCUUUAGAAGCAUGAAAGAGGAAGAGAAUGGGGCCAUCCGAAGCAGUCUGAAGAGCCCUCAGACAACCUACCAACAACAAGGACUUGCACCAGGACAACAGUACAAUGUGUCUCUGGUUGUCGUGAAGAAUGAGAUCAGGGGACCUGCUGUUUCAAAAAUCGUGACCACAAAACUGGAUGCUCCCAGCCAGAUUGAAGCAAAGGAUGUUACAGACACUACCGUCCUCAUAACGUGGUUCAGACCCUUAGCUGAGAUUGACGGACUUGAGCUGACUUACGGGCCCAAGGAUACCCCAGGAGACCGCACCUCCAUUGACCUCUCCGAAGACGAAAGCCAGUAUUCCAUUGGAAAUCUGAAGCCACACGUGGAAUAUGAAGUGACCCUUGUGUCUCGGCGUGGACUUAUGACGAGUGACCCCAUCACUGAAACUUUUGUCACAGAUCUGGAUGCUCCCCAAAAUCUGAGGCGCAUUUCUCAGACGGACCGCACAAUCACUCUGGAGUGGAAAAACAGCCAAGCAAUGCCAGAUGCCUACAGGAUCAAAUACGCCCCUCUCUCUGGUGGAGAUCACGCUGAGGUCACCGUGCCCAGAAGCAACCAGGCCACCUCCAAAGUUACACUCUCUGGCCUGAGACCGGGAACAGAAUACGGCAUCGGAGUAACUUCAGUGAAAGAGGACAAAGAGAGUUUCCCUUCCACCAUCAAUGCUGGAACCGAUCUGGAUAGUCCCAAGGACUUGGAAAUCAUUGACCUUACCGAAACGGCUUUCACUGUACGUUGGAAGAGACCCUUGGCCAAAAUCGAUCAUUACCGCCUUACUUACGUCACCCCGUUGGGGAAGAAGAAUGAAAUUGAGAUUCCCGCGGAUAGCACAUCCUACAUCCUCCGGUCACUCGACGCUGGGACGGAAUACACCAUCAUUCUCGUGGCUGAGAAAGGCCGACUCAAGAGUAAACCUUCCACAGUCACUGGUUCUACAGAAGAAGAACCUGAGCUGGGCAAUUUAUCAAUUGCAAAAGUGUACUGGGAUGGAUUCUACCUCACCUGGACAGCAGCUGAUGGGGCCUAUGAGAGUUUUGUCAUACAGGUGCGGGAAUCCAACCAACCAGAAGAUACCCGGACUCUCACCCUUCCGGGCACACAACGAUCCAUAAAUCUCUCCGGAUUGUCACCAAGUACUCUUUACACAAUCACCAUCUAUGGAAUAACUCAGGGCUACCAAACAAAACCCAUCUUUGUUGAAUCUACCACAGGGGCGAAACCUGAAGUUGGAAACCUGACUGUCCGGGCUGUGACCCCAGAAAGCUUCAACCUCUCGUGGACGACCUCCAAAGGAGAUUUUGAGAUCUUUACCCUUGAAAUCAUUGAUUCUAACAGGUUGCUGGAACCCAUGGAAUACAACAUUUCGGGCAGUUUAAGGACUGCCCAUAUCUCAGGGCUUCCCCCUCAAACCAGUUUCAUUAUCUACCUCUACGGAGUCACUCGUGGCCUCCGCACUCAGACGUUAAGCAUAACUGCCGUAACAGAAGUAUUGCCCUCCCUGGAAAACCUCACGGUUUCCCGGAUUAAUCCGUACGGGUUUACGGUAUCCUGGAUGGCAUCAGAAGAUGCCUUUGAAAGUUUUCUGGUCAUCGUGGUGGAUUCUGGCAAACUGCUAGAUCCCCAAGAAUUCCUUCUUCCUGGAAGCCAGCGCCAAUUGACCCUUAGAGGGCUCAUAACAGGCAUUGGGUACGAAGUCCUUCUUUACGGCUUGAUCCAUGGCCGUCAAACAAGACCCUUAAACAUUGUAGCCUUAACAGAAGCUGAACCCGAAGUAGAUCAUCUUUUGGUAUCGGACGCUACCCCCGAAGGUUUCCGUCUGUCUUGGACAGCGGAUGAAGGAGCCUUUGACAGUUUUGUCCUUAAAAUCAGGGAUUCCAACAGGCUUUUAGAUCCUCUGGAGUUGAUCGUACCAGGUCACCAACGAACUCAGGACAUCCACGGGCUGAAAGAAGGGACCGAAUAUUAUGUAGAUCUCUAUGGAGUAAUCAGCGGACGGCGAUCUCAGCCUGUAAAUGCGAUUGCUAUGACAGCAGUGGGAUCCCCGAAGGAAAUCUCUUUCUCAGAAAUAACAGAAAGUUCAGCGGUGGUUAGUUGGAAGCCUCCCUUGACGCGGGUCGACAGUUUCCGAAUUUCGUACGGUCCAGAACCUGGAGAUGACCUCAAAACUCUGACCGUGGAUGGCAACCGGAGUAGAAUCAAGCUAGUAGAUCUGAUCCCUGGCAUAAAAUAUAUCGUCAAUGUUAUAGCUAUCAAAGGAUUUGAAGAAAGUGAUGCUGUCUCUGGAUCUCUGCUUACAGAAUUGGAUAGUCCGUCUGGACUGAGGGUCGUAAACAUCACAGACUCCAAAGCUUUAGCUGUUUGGCAACCAGCCCUUGCGGCAGUGGACGAAUACCUGAUUUCCUAUAUUGCAGAAGGAGAGACAGAAGUGACUCAGAGAGUAUCCGGCAACACCAUGGAAUAUGACCUCGUUGGCCUUCGACCAGCUACUGAAUACACCCUCACGAUUCAAGCCAUCAAAGGCCCUCAGAGAAGCAGGGUCCUCUCUACCAAGUUCAUCACAGGUCCUGAUGCUCCCAGAUCUCUGACUGCUUCUGAUGUCCAGUUUGAAACAGCCCUGCUCACGUGGAAGCCACCCCAGGGCUCUAUCACAGGCUACCUCCUGAUCUACGAAUCCGCUGAUGGCAAAAUCAAGGAAGUGGUCCUGGGUCCCGAAUCGACUUCUUACACCUUGGUGGACUUGAGUUCCUCCACAUUGUACACGGCAAAGCUGCAGGCCCUGCUCCACACUUUAAAAAGCAACUUCAUCCAAACCACGUUCACCACAACUGGGCUUCUCUACCUACCCAAAGACUGCUCCCAAGCUCUGCUGAACGGGGAAAUCGCUUCUGGACUAUACACCAUCUAUCUCUAUGGCAAUCAGUCACAGCCUGUUGAAGUGUACUGCGACAUGAAUUCUGACGGAGGCGGAUGGAUUGUCUUUUUAAGAAGGCAGAAUGGCGAAGUGAACUUCUACCAGAAUUGGAGGACUUACGAGAAUGGCUUUGGAGAUCCCAACAAUGAAUUCUGGCUAGGACUGGACAAGCUUCACAAAAUCACUUCCCAAGGCCUGUAUGAGCUGAGGGUGGAUCUGCGUGAUCGCGGAGAGACUGCGUAUGCUCUCUACAACAAGUUCAGCGUUGGGGAUGCCAGGACACGCUAUCGACUGAAAGUAGAUGGCUACAGUGGUAAUGCAGGUGAAUCCAUGAGUUACCACAACGGACGGGCGUUCUCCACCUUUGACAAGGACAAUGACUCCGCCAUCACAAAUUGUGCCUUAUCAUACAAAGGGGCAUUCUGGUACAGAAACUGCCACCGAGUCAACCUUAUGGGUCGGUACGGAGACAACAGUCACAGCCAGGGAAUCAACUGGUUCCACUGGAAAGGCCACGAGCAUUCCAUUCCAUUUGCGGAGAUGAAGCUACGGCCUUCCAAUUUUAGGAAUUUGGAAGGAAGGCAGAAGAGAGCGUAAAGGAUCUCUCCUUUUUUUUUUUUCCCUUUUUUUUUUCUUUUGGCAUUGACCGAGAAAAAUGGAACAAAAGGGUGGGAAAUAAUAAUAAUAAUAAAAAACCGAGCUUUUCUCCCCACUCACCCCAGAAAAAUUGAGAAGAGAGAUAGAGAUAGAGAGAUUGGCGACAAAGCUGGAAAUGUGUACCAAAGUAUCUGUGUUGUGUGAGAGCCCACCUUGGCUCUUUUUGACCAGUUUCUAUUUUUAUUUCUUUUUUGUGGGGUGGGAUGGGGCUGGGAAAGCCUUAUUCAAAACGUAGCAUGCUCAGUGGAGCAUUUUUUUUGUUUCCUUGUCCAUAGAUGGCUUUCUUUGCACCAAAGAAGAUAAUCUUGGAAGGGGAGGGAAGGAGGGAAGGAUUUCUAUAUAGGUUUUUUUCCCCUUCUCUCUCUCUGUCAGAGGGCUUUUGUUGACUUGAAACUUUCCUGGGUGGCUCAGAGGAACUGCAAGAAUGGAAGGACUUCUCUCUUUUUUUUUUCCUUCUCUUCGCUUAACAAACCAGCCACAACAAAAGACAAAUAAUAAUAAUAAUAAUAAUAAUAAUCGUGUUUGUGUCCAUUCCAAAUUAGUAGUUCACACUCUGGAAUCUCUCUUCGUCUCAAUCCCUUCAUCCGUCCAUCCAUCCAUUUCUCAGUACUGGGAAAACAGGAGGAAACAGUUCAGCCUAAAAAUUAAUAUUAUUAAUAUAAAUGAUGUGGGGGGGAGGGAAAGGAAGAUUAUAAUAAUAAGCUAAAUUUGUGUCAUUUUGUAAAAAAAAAUAAAAAAAAAAAUAGAAGCCCAUGCUUUCUGAAACCCAACGGGACGGUGUCUGAUUGUAAUUUUUUUUUUUAAUUAAUAAAUAAAAGCACAAGUUUACUUUUA